AUGACGGCAGACAGCGGAGCAAGCGAGACGCGUGCCGUGCCAGACGUGGAUUUGCUCGCCCGCAAGUACGCUGAAGGGACGGGAAAACGCUUUCGACCCGAAGGGACCGCCCAACUCCUGGGUCGACAACGCAACGGCGCGUUGAACGCCCAGCCACCAAACCUCAGCGAUGGCGACGAGGAUGGCUUUUCCGGGCUCCUGCACGCGGUGCACCAAGUUGAAGCCGGCAUCGACCCCGACGACAACCGUCUCGUCGACGCUGCCGGCGGCUCCGGCGGGACGUGGUACUGGACCAGAUACACGGGCAUCAUGGUUGACGUCAAAGGCUGCAUUUACAUGCCUUUGCUGGAGCAGACGGGACACAUACCCAGGCACCGCUUCCCAUACGGCCCUGGAAUUAGACAGUGGGACCUCACCGGCAAGGGCGUCUUCCGCACGAGAGCCCGUACAUAUGACUGGGUCGAGGAAGAAGAGCGCUGGAAAUUUGUCGUCGUCACGGGCGGUUUGCUCAACCAACCCAAGACACCAAAGAUUCCUGGCAUCGACACCUUCUCGGGCCACAUGAUAGUUACAAACCGGCCGUUGGAGGGGAAGAAGGUCGGCAUCGUCGGCACCGGAGCCACGGCCAUGCAGUGCGUCACUGAGCUGGCACGAUGGGCAGACCAGCUAUUCGUGUUCCGGCGCACCCCUUCCGGGGUUGAUCAACGUAGCCAGAGGCCGAUGGCGCCUGAGACGUGGCAGCAGAUCAGCCACGAGAAGCAUCAUGGCCGGCGGCAAGCAAGCCGAGCUACCGGACACCAUCCGCGAACUGUGCAGAGCCGAGCCACAACACCGACACGACCAUCGUCGCCCGAGGUAACACCCUCGCUUGCCUCUGGGCGAAGCACGGCCCUCCACGGCAUGCUUAGCCCCUGGAUGCCCAACAUGCUUCUCGCCGGCCCUUCGCAGACGGCCGCCUGCGCAAACUUCAUGUAUACCAUUGACAAUCUGGCCCGCCACGGGGCGUACAUUGUCGCCGAGGUCCUCCGUCGAGCGAGCGACCGUCGAAGCCACGCCCGAGGCAGCGGAAGCGUGGGCAAGCCGCUUACUCAGCAGGGCCGUCUUUCUGUUGCCCAUGGAGAUAUGCGGACCGAGUAUCUUCAAUGGCGAAGGCGCCACGAGGAAAUGGUCCCGCGAGGAGAAGAUCAAGGCGGCCAGGGGCUCUGUCUACCCUCUGGGGAUUUGGCAUAUGUAGAACUUCUGGAGCAAUGGAGGGCGGAUUAA